UUGUUCUGUGCUUCUGUGAUGUGUGUGGGUCGAGUUUGAAGUUUGUGAUUUUUGGAAAACGCAAUUUGGAAAUAGCUUCGAAACUAUGGCAGAAAGUAACGGAGAACUCAGCGAUGAGGACAUUAUAAUCAAUGAUCAGGACGGCCUUCCAAAUGUGCACCCCAAUUUGAUACCUGAAGCAGACAUUGAAAGCCCUGAAAAUCACACUGAUGAUGAAUUUGAAGAUUUACCUGCCUCACUGAUAGUUACCAACCUUCAUGACAGUGUUUUCACCACUCAAGAAAAGAAAUGUGAAUUAGAAGAAUUAUUCCGAGCAUAUGACCCAGAUGUGACAUUCCAAUGGUUGAAAAGCUUCAGAAGAGUACGUGUAAACUUCCAGACUCCAUUUGCAGCUGCCAGUGCUCGCAUCCAACUCCACCAAUACAAGACCAGCAAUUCUGUAAUCACAUGCUAUUUUGCCCAGCCAGUGACACCUGUGAAGAACCCAAAUUUGCAGCCUCCAGCUCCCUACAAACAGUUCCUCAUUUCACCACCUGCUUCCCCUCCCUUGGACUGGGAGCCUAGGCCAGAGGGGGAACCCAUUAUCAACCAUGAUCUGCUUGCUGCUCUGGCCACUCUCACUCCAGGAGGUACUCAUGAACUCCAUCCUCCUUCUCCAGGCCAACCUGCUAUUGUGGUCCAUACAGUUUUGGGGGCAAAGAAAAAUGAAGAGAUCAAACCACAGGUUGUUCAUACAGUUUGCCCAGAAAGAAGUUAAUUUUGUACUCCUGUAUGGUAUGUAAAUAAGUAGAUAGUGAUAUGGGAAUAUGUGAAUCUGAUGUUGUUGGACCUAUUUUUUUCCUAUUUUGUGGUUUGUGAUGUGGAUUGGUUUUCAAAACAAUGUGAGUAA